UCGCAGCUCAUAUUUGUUCCGUUUGCCAAAUGUGACGCACCGGUCGCGGCGUUUGAUGAAAUAUAGCAGUUAGAUACCAAUUGUGGGUCCGUUUUGUUGCCUUUCUGUUGGCUCUACGCUGUUCGGUUCCCUUUCGGUUUUGUGGUUCCGUUUCGGCCUCCUCUUUCGUUGUCUAUCGUUGUUGGCUUUUCUUGUUUUAGGAACACGUGUUCGGCAAGCAAUAAUUGUUUUUAAAGAGAAUUCCACGCAAUCUGCCGGUCUCCAAAGUCCGAGCCGCCGCCGGAGCAAAGUACACGUCACCGUCAUAGCCGCGCUGGAUGAGCAGCAGCAGCGGCCUCUCGCUUGGGGAUUGCUGAUGAACAAAAAAAAAAAAAAAAAUUAUCACGAGACAGAGCGCCAAAAAGCGAGCCCGAGAGCCAGCGGCCCCAUCAGUGUGAAUCAUAGCCCCGCGAGCGGUACACACCAGCUGCUCGCACGCAUAGAAUCGAAUCCGCGAAUCCGAUAUGGGGUACGACGAGGCCAUCAUCAAAUUGGGCGACUUUGGGCGCUACCAGAGGAUCAUCUACUUCCUCAUUUGCCUCACGUCCAUUCCGGUGGCCUUCCAUAAGAUGGCCGGCGUCUUUAUCCUGGCCAGACCUAAAUUCCGCUGCGUCCUGCCCUUCGAGGACGAUUCGCCAGGUAAUGGCUCCCAGUACGAGCUGCCGGAGCAACUGUGGAACAUCUCCUAUCCGCCUGGUGAUGUGUGUGAGUAUUACGAUGUGGACUACAGCGAGGAGUACCUGAACGGCAGCCUGGCCAGAACCACAAACAACACCCGGAGCUGCGACCGGUAUGUGUACGACCAGAGCACGUACCUCAACAGCGCCGUGACCGAGUGGAAUCUCGUCUGCGAACGUGGCUUCAUGGCGGGCACCAGUGACUCUUUCUUCAUGCUGGGCGUGCUGCUGGGCAGCAUAAUCUUUGGCCAGCUGAGCGACAGGUACGGCCGCAAGCCGAUCCUCUUUGCCUCGCUGGUUAUCCAGGUGGUCUUCGGAGUCUUGGCCGGACUGGCACCGGAAUACUUCACCUACACCAUUUCUCGGUUGAUUGUGGGUGCCACCACAUCGGGCGUGUUCCUGGUGGCCUAUGUGAUUGCCAUGGAGAUGGUGGGUCCUGCCAAGCGACUCUAUGCGGGAAUCUUUGUGAUGAUGUUCUUCUCCGUGGGCUUCAUGCUGACGGCGGCCUUUGCCUACUUCAUCCACGACUGGCGCUGGCUGCAGAUUGGCCUCACGCUGCCAGGACUCAUCUUCAUGUGCUAUUAUUGGAUCAUUCCGGAAUCCGCUCGCUGGCUGCUCUCGAAGGGCCGCAAGGAGUGCGCCAUUGCCAAUAUGCAGAAGGCGGCGCGAUUCAAUCGUGUGGAUAUCACGCCCGAGGUUCUGAGUGCGCUCCUGGACGAGGGCAGUGGUCCGGCGGACAAGCAGCAGAUGGAUCUGGAUAAGGAUAAGAAGAAGGAGCCACUGCCAUCCGUGUGGGACCUGUUCUGCUAUCCCAAUCUGCGCCGCAAGACGCUGCUCAUCUUCCUCGACUGGCUGGUGACCAGCGGCGUCUACUACGGCCUCUCGUGGAACACGAAAAACCUUGGCGGCAAUGUCCUGCUAAACUUUCUCAUCUCUGGUGCCGUCGAGAUCCCAGCCUACAUCUUCCUGUUGCUCACGCUCAACAGGUGGGGCAGGCGCUCCAUCCUCUGCGGCUGCCUGGUGGUGGCGGGACUCAGCCUGUUGCUCACCGUCGUCAUUCCCGAGGGUAUGAAUGCUCUCAUUGUCACAUGCGCAAUGAUGGGCAAGCUGGCCAUAACCGCAUCCUACGGCACUGUGUACAUCUUCUCUGCAGAGCAGUUCCCCACGGUGGUGCGAAACGUGGCCUUGGGCGCCGCCUCGAUGGUUGCCCGGAUUGGCGGAAUGUUGACACCCUACCUCAGCUACCUGGGCGACAUCUGGGGGCCCCUGCCGCUGCUAGUCUGCGGCGUGCUCUCUCUGGCUGCCGGAUUGCUCUCCCUGCUGCUGCCCGAGACCCACAACAAGCCGAUGCUGGAGACGAUUGCCGAUGGGGAGCGUUUCGGCAAGAAGACCAAAGGGGAGUUGUCGCUGGAGGCGGUAGAGACGCAGCCCCUCAACGGAUCCCUGGAGAAUGGCCACGAGGCCAAUGGUAGCUUGUGAACUAGGUGUACCUAGGAGUGUUAGGGGUACUUUUGGAUGUCUGGGCUGGGCAGAAGAAUGGAGCAAGUAUUAUAUCAUUUCAGAAAUCUCACACGCAGACCAAAUCAGAAAACAGUAAACAGAAAAACAGAAUACAAAAUACGAAUGAAAGGAUGGGACCAAAUAGAUAAUUUUCUAUGCUAGCAUUUAACCAGGAAGCGGCGGCAUAGGUAGGGUUUGCUUCAAUGGAUUAAGGGUGUUUUAGCACAUACAUACAUAUGUAUGUAACUCUCCUUUUCCCAUGCCGCUGUGUAGUUUAUACCUAUUAUAAGUUGUACACAUUUCCAUGUAUUCCAUGAAAUUGAUUUUCAAAUAAAACUGUUGUACUUUUUCCUCUAGCAAUACCUAAACACGAGGCUGUACCAUGAAAUCGUA